AUGUCACCAGUAAUGGACAAAACCAUCAACAUAAUUAUGAUAAUUAACUUAUUUGUGACCAUGGUUUCACUGGGAUGCACCAUGGAGGUGUCCAAGAUCAAGCAUCAUAUGAGAAAACCUAAGGGGGUGGCUAUCGCAGUCGUGGCUCAGUAUGGCAUAAUGCCUCUCACAGCUUUUUUCUUAGCUAAGCUGUUUAAGUUGGCUGAAAUAGCAGCUGUGGUGAUUCUGAUCUGUGGCUGCUGUCCCGGAGGAGCUCUCUCCAACAUCCUGGCUUUGGCUCUUCAGGGCGACAUGAACCUCAGCAUCGUGAUGACCUCUUGCUCAACGUUGCUGGCUCUUGGUAUGAUGCCUCUCCUGCUCUACCUCUACUGUCAGGGUUUCUCCGACCUGCAGAACGCUGUCCCUUAUGUUGAAAUUAUCGUAUCACUGGUCAUGAUCCUGGUGCCGUGCGGCAUUGGCAUCAUCAUCAAUACCUACAGGCCGCAGUACUCAAAGAUCAUCACAAAGGUAGGCCUAAUUAUAAUGAUGAUUUUUAUCGUGGUGAUCGUCACCUUAACCAACAUUGGAAUCGGAAGAGUCAUGCUGACUGUGUUGUCUCCUCCGCUCUUGGCCAUCGCUGCUCUCAUGCCUUUGAUAGGCUACUCCUUUGGAUAUGUCCUCUCUGCGAUCUUCAGACUCAGCCAGUCGGAGCGGAGGACCGUUUCUGUGGAAACAGGCUGUCAGAACAUCCAGCUGUGCAUCACCAUAUUGAAGAUAGCUUUCCCCCAGGAAGUGAUAGGCCCUCUGUUUCUGUUCCCAAUGAUCUAUGGGUCUUUUCAGGUGACGGAGGCAUUGGUGCUCGUCGUGCUGUUCAGGUGCUACCGAAGGUUCACGAAAAAGGAGAAAGAGACUUACCAGCCUGCGGUCACUGAAGAGGAGCUGAAAGAGACGACUGAGGGGACUGUGUGACCUCAAUCACCACCCAUGUAUUGUACAGCCUACAGCUGACUAAACAAACAGAAAAAUGCACAGCCGUAUAGCUGGUCUUGAUUUUUAUACUGUAUUGUGAUC